CCCGAGGAGACAGCAAGGCUGCGCCCUGUAUUGGGCAGAGGUCGCCUCUCUCCGCCGCCCUUAUAGAGACCCUGGGCGGGGACGAAUGACUGGAAGCAUCGAGUGCACCUGAUUUGUGAACCUAUCUUGCUUCAGUUGGUUUCCUCCUAAAUAGGCAGAUGGGAUUGGCCUGUCUCUGCUCUGCUAGGUGAAAAAUUAGACUAUUUCAAGAGUUAGAGCUGAAUCCGAUGUUACAUAAUGGCAACAGGUGACUUAAAAAGAAGCUUACGGAACCUAGAACAGGUGCUCCGCUUGCUAAAUUAUCCUGAAGAGGUGGACUGUGUAGGUUUGAUAAAGGGAGACCCGGCAGCAUCUUUACCCAUCAUCAGCUAUUCUUUUACCUCAUACUCACCUUAUGUAACAGAACUUAUAAUGGAAUCCAAUGUAGAGCUCAUAGCAAAAAAUGACUUGCGCUUUAUAGAUGCUGUCUAUAAGCUCCUUCGUGAUCAAUUUAAUUAUAAACCAAUUUUGACAAAAAAGCAGUUUAUCCAAUGUGGGUUUGCAGAAUGGAAAAUCCAAAUUGUUUGUGAUAUUUUGAAUUGUGUGAUGAAAAAGCACAAGGAAUUAAGUAGUCUUCAGAAGAUUCCAUCACAACAAAGAAAGAAAAUCAGUUCUGGCAAGUCAGAACCUUCUUUGAGCAAUGAGAAAAUAUCUGCAGAGGCUGUUGGCGUUGAUACCAGUGGCAGAUUUGUGACUUCAGGAAAGAAGAAAGCUGUGGUGAUUCGUCACUUGUAUAAUGAAGAUAAUGUUGAAAUUUCUGAGGAUACAUUAAGUCCAAUAACAGAUGUUAAUGAAGCAGUUGAUGUAUCUGACUUAAAUGCUACUGAAAUAAAGAUGCCUGAAGUAAAGGUUCCUGAAAUCAAGGCUGAGCAACAGGAUAUAAAUGUUAAUCCUGAGAUUACUGCACUACAGACUCUGCUUGCUGAAUGCCGAGAAAAGCUUAAGGAGCUGACUUUGAUAGAGAAAAGGUUAGACUGUUUAGAACAAAAAAUGAAAGGAAAUGUGAUGGUAGAUGAAAACACCUGGACUAAUCUGCUCAGUCGUGUCACUCUUCUUGAAACAGAAAUGCUUUUGUCUAAAAAGAAUGAUGAAUAUGUAGAGUUUAAUGAAAUUAAUGAAGACUGCGCUUCUUGUAGCAACAUGGACCUUCUGAAUCCUCACAGAAAAAACAAAGUAGGGAGGCCAGCAAGUAUUCCUCUGUCCUCUGGUUAUAGUACGGCAUCAUCAGAUUCAACUCCCAGAGCCUCUACCAUUAAUUACUGUGGUUUGAAUGAGAUUUCAGAGGUAAGAAAAUGCUUAGAUUAUUUCCUUUCUAAAUUAGGAAAACGAGCAAGCAUUAGUUUUAGUUGUAAAUAUCGCUGGCAAGAAAAAUAGCAAAACUGAAUCUUAGUCUCUCAAAAUUCUUUCAUAAGUAAACAGUACUUAAUGCAAUGUUUCAAACUGUAUUUUGUACAUUCUCAGUCCAUCUUUGAUGAUGGUUUACUUUGAGAAGUCAUCUAAAUUUGUUGCUUUUUAAAUUAAAGGAAACAACAAUCCAGAAAAUGGAAAGGAUGAAAAAAAUGUAAGUAACAGAAAGGGGCAACAGAAAUUCAUUUCUCCAUAGGGAAUUGUAUUGGAUUACAGUAUACAUAGAAUGUGCAUGUGUGUUUCAAACCUUAAAGGUCUCUCAGUCAGGUGUGGAAUUUCCUUCAGGACUCCAUUGGAUAAUAAAUCCACCUACAGUUAUGUGUUUGCGAGAUGAGUCACUGUUUUAUGAUGUAAAGCGUGUUGGAAUUGUUAAUGGAAUUAACUGCAGAUAGAGUACAAAGAUAUUUUUGGUUGGUAACUAAUCAAGAGUAUUAUCUGUUUUUGAUAACUGAUUUAUCAAAAUAUUAAAUAAUAUAUGUAGAUGGAUGGUUUGCAGACAUUUUCAGUAUUGUGAAAAUAUCACUGGUGUUUUUCAGCGAGUUAUUGAUAAGAGAUAAAAAUGAUGUUUUUGUCUAGUACAAAUGAUGUGAUUUUUCUAAAAAACAGUUCAAAGGAAAUAUAAAAUGAA